AUGGGUCAGAGAUUGUCUCACCUCCAUAGAUCCUCGUCGUCUCCAGGUCCGACGCCGAUACCGACACCAACGCCGACACCAGCACCGGAAACGCCCCCAAGUCUGCCGCCGGUAGGGCUUCUCAGGCUGCCGGUCGAGCUCCUCCUGUCCAUUGCGGCGCAGCUCUCUUCAUCACCUGAAUCCAUUGUCGCGCUCUCGCUCACUUGCAAACAUCUCCGCCUUGCAUUGGCAAAGGAGGUUGCCAAAGUCCACGUCAAGUGUCGGGUUGGCAUCUUAGCGCUGCUUGAAAAAGAUCUUGGCGACCGCUUUGUUUACUGCUCCGCCUGUUGCCAACUACAUCUCUUCUCGCCCUCAUGGCCUAUAUUGGAGUGCAAUCGCUUUCGCUACUACAAAGCAUGGGCCUUUGAUCCUAACUGGAGGGGCUAUCCGUAUCACUUCCUUGCACGGCUUGUUAUGAACCGGCACUUCUACGGUCCCUCUCAUGGCCUUCCCUUAGAUAGCCUCACCGAGCCCGCUUGGGGAUACAGCUGGGAUGCAGGCCCACCCUGGCGGCAGAUCCCCUCCGCUCGGGUCGUGGGCAACGAGCUCUUUCUCCGCAUAUCGCACGUUCUGGAAGGCAGAGCCUCGAUAGUUCGAGACGCCAUCGACGAGGGACACUACCAUAUCUGCAUUCAUGUGGGCUCGGAUUCGGCCACCAGGAUCCUUUACAAGGCCCGUAAUGGGAGGGACCCUAUGCCGGAGGUGAAGAAGCCGCCGAAUGGACUAGCGCUAUUACGGGCUUGCCGAAAUGUAACGAGGGCUUGCGUCGAGUGCUUAACUGACUACACAAUCACCAUUGAGACGGCUGAGGAUGACGUUGGGCCCCUCGUCGACGGCUGGAGAGUUACGAUCACAUCCUACCAUCAGCUGGGGCCGUGUCGCGACAUACAGGACUGGAAGUGGAUCGCCCUUACACGGGACUGGACGACUCGGGUCCCAGGCGACUUUGAGAUUCCGAAACGGGAUAUGGUUGUGUAUCCUCCUGGCAUAGUGAGGGAGCGAUGGGGGGUUGAAGACGGUUAA